AUGGAAAGACUUUCCUUUACUACCACCAGCACCCGACAAUGCACAUUUAUUACUCCGAGAACACGAGACGUUGACAACGGCCUGUGGGCACUCAUUGGUGACGAGAUCUAUAAGCUAAGUCCCCGAAGUAGGCGUGGUGUUCGCAUGGAGGAAGGUCAGCUGUACACCAUCCACGUGCCCCUCCUCUUCGCGAUUACAAGACGCAAGAGAGAAGAAGAAUAUGUGGUCAUCUUCGAGAAAAUGAAGCAACCCCUAGAACACACAAAUGAAAGUGACCCUCAGUCUGAGUUGGAGCUUGCGAUACUCGUCGAUUACGUACUGGUUCCGAACGAAAUGAAGAAACUCCGAAGAAAAGACGGAGUGCGCCGAGAAAAAAUAGAAGCGGUUAUUUUCACACUCGAGGCCACCAUUCGAGGAGGGCAAAAUCCAAUCAUAGCCGAAUUUGGAAGAUAUUGGUGCAACAUGUCACGUUACACAUCUGACAAGGCUGUAUAG